CGGGUUGUUUGUUUGGCUGCUGGCCCCCUUCACUUCCCCGUCCUCCAGGCCACUGUGCCUCAGCAUCUACAGAUAUGCUCCUGUCCGGAGUAAACAGCUGAAGUGAACUUUUCUCUCCACUUCCCCUCUGUCUGCACAUCAUGGGAGACACGGAUGCGGUCGGGCCCGCGCUGACUCGCCGGAGAAGGGCGACGUUAACGCCGGGGAGAGGUGCGAGUCUGCAGCCGGUGAACGGGAGGUUCGCUGCGGCGUGUCAGAGCCCGGGUACCGCCGGUGCCGCUGGUGGUGCUGGUGGUGGUGGUGGUGCUAGCAUGGUGGACAGCGGCCGUUCACAGGAGGCAAAGAGCGAGAAGAGGAGGCGGAAGAACGACAUGAGUGACCGACUGAGUUGCUGUCACAAGACACAGGAGUCGCUACUCAGUUCAGCCAGUGGUUACAACAACUACAGAGGAAUCCUCAAUUGGUGUGUGGUGAUGCUGGUGCUGAGUAAUGCUCGCCUCUUCUUAGAAAACCUUUUGAGAUACGGUGUUCUGGUGGACCCUAUUCAGGUGAUUUCCUUGUUUCUGAAGGACCCCUACAGCUGGCCAGCAGCAUGCCUGGUAAUUGUGUCCAACGUGUUCAUUCUGGUGGCUCUGUACACGGAGAGGCAGCUGUCGAAGAGUUCAUUCAGUGAACCUGUGGGAUUUCUGGUCCACUGCAUUAACAUGGCAGUCAUUCUAACAUUCCCCGCUGCAGUGAUCCUGUUGGUCCCCUCCGUGACCCCAGUUGGUGGCGCAUUCGCACUGGGUAUUUACACCAUUCUCUUCCUGAAGCUCUAUUCCUACAAGGAUGUCAACAUGUGGUGCAGAGAGAUGAGUUCUGUCAAGGCUAAGAAGCUGGCCAGGUCACUGUCUUGUCCCACACCACAGUGUUUCAACAGAGGUGACCGAAUGGUUUGUUAUCCUGGCAACCUCACCAUCAGAGACAUGUAUUAUUUCGUCUUUGCUCCGACUCUGUGCUAUGAGCUCAACUUCCCUCGCUCUCCGACGAUUCGCACGAGUUUCCUGCUGAGGAGAUUGUUUGAAAUGCUGUUCUUCACCCAGAUGUUAGUUGGUCUCACGCAACAGUGGAUGGUUCCCGUCAUUAAAAGCUCCAUGAAACCACUGGAGGACAUGGAUCUGUCCAGAAUGGCAGAGAGACUACUGCGAUUAGCUGUUCCUAAUCACCUGCUGUGGCUCAUGUUUUUCUACUGGUUCUUCCACUCGUCUAUGAACUUCAGUGCAGAGCUGCUUCGUUUUGGAGACCGACAGUUUUACAGGGACUGGUGGAACUCUGAGAGUGUGACAUAUUUCUGGCAAAACUGGAACAUCCCUGUACACAAGUGGUGUCUACGCCACUUUUACAAGCCGCUGCUGAGGAGAGGAUUCAGUAAAAUCCUCAGCCAAUCAGCUGUCUUCUUCUUGUCAGCUUUCUUCCAUGAGUACCUGGUGAGUGUUCCUCUCAGGAUGUUCAGACUCUGGGCCUUCAUGGGCAUGAUGGUGCAGCUUCCAUUUGCCUGGUUUGUUGGGCGCUUCCUGCGUGGUAACUACGGCAACGCUGCAGUGUGGAUGUCCCUCAUCCUCGGUCAGCCAUUCGCCGUCUUGAUGUACGUCCAUGACUAUUAUGUCAUGCACCACAGACAGGAGGCUAACUGAUGCACAAACAACUUGCAGCUUCUUUGUCUCACUUUUCUUCCGCCUGUAUCUCUCGUACAAAUGAACAUAAAUACCACUGCAGAAAAUGGAUACUGUCGUCUGCAUGUCAGGAUGAGCUGAUCAAGUCUAUGACAGCAUGUUUACAUUAGACACCUCUGCUUUGGUUUCUUCUUGCUGGAAACGAUCGCUCAUGAGGUAUCUGAAAUACUACUGUGCAGUAAUUAAGUGACGACAUAAAAAUGCAGCUUGUUACUCAGGUGACUUUUCUUCCAGCACCUUGUUAAUUUGCCAGUUUAGGCUAUAAUGUUAUUUUAUUGGAUAAUUUAUUUUAUUUGAUUCUGCAAAAACAGCAACGUGCAGGAUUAUUUAGCGACUGUAAAUCGUUCUUUCCUCCUGAGCUGUAGCCUCUUUGGUUACUAUCGCUGAAUUUUAUAAACAUUUUUCAAGUGCCUUGUUGGAAGUUAUUUCCUACAUUUAUGAAAAUACUGCUACUUUCCCAUUAUAAAGAAAAAUGAAUGUAUGCUGAUUUUAUUCGAUUAUUUUAAUAUUCUGUUUUACUUUGUCAAUUGUGACCAGCCAGCAUUACUGUAUGUCUGUUUUGUUUGUUUUAUACCUGAUGUACCUGAUGUACCAUGACAAUAAUACAACACAUAUCCAAUCACUCCAUUUUAUGGAUUUCUUUUAAGUCUUAAAAAACUUAAAGAAUCAUAUGCAAAAUCAAUACAUUUGUGUUCUUUUUCAGUCUAGUAUCUCAGUAGACUGUUGCCAAAUGUCUAAAUACAAUGUAUGUGUCAGAAAAUAGACUUUUAAAGAGUUGAAUUUAAAUCUUUUUUUAUUUAAAGUCCAAUAGUUUGUGUCUAUUCCUGAAAACAGCAAUGAAACAUCAUCUCCUAGGUGGAGGUCAUGAGUUAAAAAAAUAAAAUAGAAUCAAAUCUUUACUACAGUAACACACAAGAUGCAAUCAGUGCAAUUACUCCUUUCAGCCCUCAGUACUGAUCUGGUGUACUCCAUGUAUAUGCACAGUUUAUUCUGCCUUUACUGUAACUGCCAGUGUCUCCUGUGAUUAAAAUCAAGUCCCUGUUGA